UGAAGCUUGGACUGCAAAAACAGCUUCGUCGAAUGGGAUAAUGUGGGUAGAUUCCGCAGGAAGCAUCAACCGGACGGGGGCAGUCCCCACGUUUCUGAGGACCCCCACGGUGCUCCAGCCCCACUUGGACAUGAAACCCUUCCUGCAGUUUCCCAUGGAGACGGCCCCACCUCACAGCGUGGGGCUCUUCCCCAACUUCAAUGCGAUGGACCCUGUGCAGAAGGCAGUGAUUAACCACACCUUUGGAGUUCCAUUGGUCAAGACCAAGCGGCCCAUAAUCUCCUGCAACGUCUGCCAGAUUCGCUUUAACUCUGAGAGUCAAGCAGAAGCUCACUACAAGGGGAACCGCCAUGCCAGACGGGUCAAAGGCAUUGAGACCUCCAAGAGUCGCCCACAGGAGAACGAUAAGCCUCCCCCUGGGCCCACCUCCUCCCCAUCACCUCCAGGCCCAGCGGCCUCCUCGCCAGAGUCUGACCCCGGCAAAGCAGAUGAGCCGCGGGCCGUGGUCAUGCUGAACGGGCCCCACCUGGCGCCGGGGCCCAGCCCCUCUCCGCUCCCCACCCCGGACUCCCCUGGCCCCUCCGUGUGCCCGCUUCCGCCCCCUACCCCCUCCUCCUCCUCCUCCUCCACCACCGUGCAGCCGCCCGCCUCCUCCACUUCCCCAGGCUGUGGCUCCGUGUCCGGCAACCCCGAGCAGGUCGCUGGGGCCCCUGGAGCGCCCGCCACGGCCCCCGGCACCCCCGAGACCGAAGAGGACAAAGCCAAGAAGCUGCUCUACUGCUCCCUGUGCAAAGUGGCUGUCAACUCCCUCUCACAGCUCGAGGCCCACAAUAAAGGCACCAAACACAAAACCAUUCUGGAGGCGCGGAGUGGGCUGGGCCCCAUCAAGGCGUACCCCCGUCUGGGCCCCAAGCCCAGUGGCGAGCAGGGCGGAGGCCCCACUGACCCCAACACUCAGGAACGCACCUUCCACUGUGAGAUCUGCAAUGUGCGGGUCAACUCUGAACUGCAGCUCAAACAGCACAUAUCAAGUCGACGGCACCGCGAUGGAGUUGCUGGGAAACCCAACCCUCUCCUCAGCAGGCACAAGAAGCACAGGGGAGCUGACCUCACGUCCUCCCUGUCCUUCUCUCAGGAUCUCACCAAAGCUCUGGGUGCUGGUCUCCUGCCCAGCCCACUGGCGGUGGCGGCGGCCAUGGCGGCAGCGGCCUCCUCCAACCCGCUGGCCCUGCGGGCGGCCACGGCCGCGGCGCCCCACCCACACGCGCACCACCUGCUCCAGGGCCCGCCGCUGAGCCACGCCAUUCUGCGGCCUGCGCCCGGCCCCAUCCGCACCUCCCACGGCCCCAUCCUCUUCUCCCCGUACUGACACCGCCCUCUCUCUGCGCCGCCUCCAGCCAACCCCAAACACACCCACCCGCCCAGACCCAAACCACCCACCAGCCUUCCCGUCCACCACCCGACCUGAUCCCAGUCCUGGAACCCCACAAACAACACACAACGAGGCCAGUCAGUAGCAGCAACCCCCCCCAGAAAAAAACAUAAAAUAAAAACAAACAAACAAACAAAAAAAAACCUGACGUAUAAAAGCACACUGUGAAGAGGAGAUCAAAUCAACCAAUCAGCGCAAUCAGUCAGAGAGAGAGAAAGAGAAACAGAGUGGGUGAUGGAGACGGAGGAGAAGAGAUCAUCUGAAAUGAGGAUUGUCGUCCCCCUCUCUCCCCAUGGGCGCCAGGCUCCAGCUGACAGGGUGAUUGGCAGGAGGAGGAAGAGGACGAGAGGGGAGAGUGCCGCAAUGGAGGAAGGAAGGCCCAGAAGACAUCACAGCUUGCCUUCCCUCUCCCUAACCCCUGCACACACACACCUCCUUAUUGUCCUUAUACACACACAAAUAAACACACACACACACACACACACACACACACACACACACACACACAAACACACACACACACACACUGUGAGAUGGUAGCAGCUCAUGUUGGAUACCUGAGAUGCAGGUAUCUGUGGAGACCAUGAGACAUGCUUCCUCCUAGAGACGCUAAACCCGCACACAGACGUUGCAGACACGCAGCGGUUUGACGUCAACAUGCGGAACUGUCCGUGGCGUCGCCCUGUCGCAGGGGUUUAAUCGUUGUCCUCCUCUGCCCUAUGCACCUCAGAAAAUAGAAGAGGAAACAAACAAAAAAAAAUGAACAAAGAGGGAAAAAAACUAACAAAAAAAUCAACUGUUCCGAUUCAACACGUCAUGUCCGUAGGGUUUAGCUGCUUUAAGUGGUCUCUUGCGCUGUGAUCGACUCGUGCCCAUGUAUAGCUUCGGCCUCCGCGGGGACGUGGAGCCUCGUGUGUCUUCCUGGGUCUCUCUGGGGACAGAGAGGAGGGGGGAGGCCGCCCUCAUAGAAGCAACCCAGUCAGACCUCAUCAACCACUCCAGCCCCUGACAAGGUGUGACAUGGAGGGGAGACAGGGAUGGGGGGGGGCAGAGGGAUGGAGAGACACAUGGAGAGAGAGAGGGCCGUCGGGGAACAAAUUCUCCCAUAAGGGGAUGUGUGUGUGGGGGUUGGGGGGAGCAGGAGUGGGGGCGUGCAGGGUGAGGGCUGAUCCCAACACCGGGGUCAAUGGAGAAACGACAGCCUGGAGGUGUGGGGUGCUGAUAGUGCAGCGCCGCUUCCGAGUUAAAGACAGCAAUGUCAAAUACAAACAGGCCCGCGAGGCUGGUGGAACGUGUCAGGCUUCAUAGCAAUCAAACUGCAGUCUGUGAGGAGAGAGAGAGGAAGACAGACAGAUGAGGGCGCCAUCUUGUAUGUUCCCCGUGUCACUCCCAUCUCAGAGCUACACACAUCUUCUGUUGGCAGAAACGCACCCUAACAAAAAAACAAAUCUCUUUUUGGAUAUAAAAAUGGACAAACAGUUGACUUCUAUUUAUUCUAUUGUAUAGAGUAGAAUAGUUUGAAUUCUUUUGUUUUCAAGCCUGUUGAUAUCAGUGAAAUGGAAUUGAAAAAUAACUGAACUAGUGAGGAUAGCUUAGCUGUCGGUAGAUUGAGAAUGGCAUCCAUCAGUAGCUGAACCUGGAGUAAAGCAAGAGUAGGCUUCUUCCAUUUGGCAGUCUGGAUCAUAUUGUAUAUAUUAGCGAGACACAGGGAAACCAAGCACACGUCAAAACAGCCUCUUCUUGUUCCCCUCUCUGCUGAGAGGUGAUUUAUGCAACACACAGCGACCCACCCCUACCAGAAGCUUUUACCAGCAAUAGUAUCCCCCUUGUGUGUGUGUAUGUGUGUGUAAGUCUGAGUGUGUACGGGUGUGUGCCUGUGUGGAUCUCUCAUCUCCCAUUCUUCAAUUUACUCCAGAGUCCCACCCUUGUCAACCCCUAACGCAGUCAUGGCCGAGAAGGGAGUAGGAGUCGGCAAUGACCUUGGAAACUCGAGGUCAUCAUAGAGGCUACACUGUGAGCAAAAGGAGAGAGAUCUCUACGAGACAAACAGAAACAGAGAAUAGAUUUAGUUUUACAAAGAGGGUUGAAAAAUACAUGUGUUUAAAUACGGGAAUUAAAGCAAGAGACUAAAGAAAUAGUCUCUGAAGGUCAAAGGUCAAAGAGGGAGAGGUCUGUAUUACCCUCCCCAGCCCCCUCUUCCUUUGGUUUGGACUUCCUGUCAUGAAUAAAAGCCAUUUAAUGGAUAUUAUUGUUGUUAUUUUACAAUGGGUGUUUUGUUUCUUCUCUUUUUGUUUUCAUUUUCAUUGUUACAAAUGAACAACUAGUGAUGUGAAAAAAUAGGAGCUAUAAUGAUAUCCAGGAAAAUGGACAGAAAAUAACUAUUUUUCUAUUCAGGUAGAAUAAGUUGUGAACUGCACUUGAGGAAAAAAUAGGGGCCGAGUGUAGAACUUGUGGUGUUCCUAUAGACCCUUUCAACAAUAAAAACAAAAACGAUGCUUGAACGUUCUAUUUGGUUCCCAAUCGACUUCCUCGGCAUUAAGAUAACAUAUGGAAUGUUAAAACGGAAGCCUUGUGGGGCCAACUAUGAUGCUGAUAAUGGAACUCUCUUGAAAGGGUCUAUAAUCUUACGCUUGGCAAGACAAGACAAAACAAACAACAUAAAACUGAGCUGAACUGAACUGAGGCCUGUCAUGUCAGACAAUUCUAUUCAUUGUUUAUUUUUUCCAUGUUAUUCACACGGUGUGCUGGCAUUGUUAUACACAGUGCCCUUCCAUUGAUUAGCAAUGUGCUAUAAUGUCUUACUGUUGUUGAGAUAUUGCAAUGCAAUAAGCAAGUUGAGUGGUGUGCAUGACUCAAUGUUGGUAAAACAUGCCAUGUUGUUGUACAGGGUUCUGUCAACAGGGAAAACAUGUGCCUGCUAUAAAGGCUCACAGGCUCCCCCUGUAGGCAGAGAUCAGCCUUUUAGUGUAGAGGGGUAGUAAGGGGUGGGGGCGGUGGGGGGGCAGGAUGUAGCUGGAUCUAGGGAGGGACCGGCCCUUCAUAUUAAAGGGCCUUACUUAUCUCUGCUUGGGGGACAGGGUAUCAUUCAGAAAUUGAGUUGAAUUUGAACGUAGUUGACCCCACUGUACGCAGUAGUCUAGGAAAAUGGUUUUCAUUUCUUUUUUUUCAGUUCUGUUGGUUGCAUUGUUUUUCAUUUGACAGUUUUUGUGUGUGAUUAACCGUUUGAGUAAAGUGAUUAUGCCAUUAUAUAAUGCUAACUUGAGAGUUAGCCUCCACCAUUGUGCUUUGAAUCAGCCCAUCUACUUUGUUACAGUUCUGAUUUUAUCCAUUUCGUUUUUCAUCUGUAAUUGAAGUACUGUACCAGGACCAGUGCUUGUCGUUCCUGUUUGGUGUGUAUCUUAUAGUGAUGUGUGUGUGCGCAGAUAGUGUCCACUGCAGCUGGAAAGGGAGAUGUCUUUUCUCCCCCCAUGGCCUGCCACCACCCGACACUGCAGCCUGUUCUGACACUAGCCUCUCCUCUCCCUCCCAGCAGGAUCCAGGGCCCCAGGCCUGUGGAUAUCUACAGCAUAUCACGUCAGCCCACAGGUGUUCUCCUCACACCCUCUACCCGCUGACCCACCCAGACCCCAUAAACAGUGAACCUUACCUCAACAGACACACACUCAUGUCCCCAAACACACACCCACACAUUUGACAGUGUUUGACAGACACACACACACACACACACACACACACACAGUUUCUCUCUCACACACACACAAACACAUCUGGUUAGUUACUUCCGUAAAGAAAACCUAGAAAUACGUAUGGAAUAUGUUCAUCCUGUAGUCAUCCCCAAUGAAGUGUCCUCAGUGUAAUUUAAAAAAUCUGUCUAGAGCAAAGUAAUAGAUCCAUUGGACUUUCCUGGGCAGGUGUUCUGUUAGUGCUGAAGUAUGUGUUAGCCGUAGCCUUAUCCCACCCUUAGCCUCUCCAGCAGCAGAGAGACAUGGAGAAGCUUUGGAACAAUUUCGUCUUGCCAAUAAAGUUAUUUUUGAAUUUUGACUGUCAGAGGGGCAAAGAGUAUGUAUGGCGAAACCGUAGCAAUAUUCAACUCAUACUGGCUACUCUUGUUUAUUGCAAUAAGGAAAUCAACCAAUAAAGUACAUAUGUGAGUAAAAUAUUAUAAAUGUAAUUUAAAUGAAAACAGAACUUUAUGGAUAUUACUAUUGGUAUCAACUUGGGAGUUACCAGAGUAAAAAAAAAUAACAAAAAAGAAAAUCAAUGUCUAUAAAUCAAUAAAGAAUAUGAAAACA